CGCCGGUGGCGCGGGAAAGUAAGAAGAGGAAGCGCGCGCCGCGAGGAGGAGACAGCAUUGUUCAGUGCAGAGUUCACCAGCAACACUGCUAAACAACCAACUAACCAACAUGCCUUCCACACGUUCCAAGAGCGCAGCAGCGGCCCAGCCUCCGUCCACCAGGAUGAGUUUGAGAAGCUUCCGCAGCGUCCCUCUGGUUACCGUGGAAACAUCAUCAUCAUCAUCCUCUUCUUCCGACGACAGCUGCGACAGCUUCGGGUCUGACGGAGGCUUCGCAAACACGAAGACCAGCGCCCGACUGUCCAGGCGGACGGCGGCCAAGCGCGAGGCUCUAGAAACCACCGCGGAAGAAGACGCGUGCAGCGGGUUUGAAGACGAGCUAAUGAACAGCCAGAUGGAAGCGAUGAAAGUCGAGGCCGAGUCUCCAAGACGUGGUCGCAGGUCCAGCCUGCUGAAGGUGGCCAUGACCUUCCCGGCCAGGAAGGCGGGCCCUAAAAAGAGGCCAGCAUCCGAACCCCUUCCUCGGUCCCAAUUGGCGAAAUCUCAGGAAGAAGAAGAAGAGGAGGAGGAGGAGAAUUUCAUGACCAAGAGAGCCCUGAAUAUUAAAGAGAACAAAGAAAUGCUUGCAAAGCUGAUGGCAGAGCUGAACAAAGUACCAGGACUCUUCCCAAAACGCACCAGCACGUCUUCGUCCACCACGCCGAGACGUGCGCCGCGGCGGUCGGUGCCUGAGACCUGGAGGAGGAACCCCCAGCGGCAGUCUCGACCUCACACUCGGUCCCGCACGCUGGCGGAUGGACCGCCCAGCCCCACGCCGGAGGAGGACGAGACCGAGGACAAGUUCAGCCUGGUGCGCCGAAGCCGCUACUUUGAGGAAGUGGAUGAGCCGCCACGUCGUCGCUCUUUUAACGGCACCAAGGCCUUACCUCACGUGGUGCGGCCUGUGGAGGAGGUGACCCAGGAAGAACUGGAAGGCAUUUGCUACAACGUGCGGGAGAAGAUCUACCACACCGUCAACGGCAGCACGUGUCACCAAUGCCGGCAGAAAACCAUCGACACCAAAACUAACUGCCGCCAUGAAGAGUGUGUCGGUGUCAGGGGCCAAUUCUGCGGCCCUUGCCUUCGGAACCGCUACGGCGAAGAAGUACGAGAUGCUCUGCUUAAUCCGGAGUGGCGCUGCCCGCCAUGCCGAGGCAUCUGCAACUGCAGCUUCUGUCGAGCCCGAGAAGGUCGCUGCGCCACCGGAGUGUUGGUCUACAUGGCCAAACAUCAUGGCUUCGACAAUGUGCACGCCUACCUGAGAAGCUUGAAGCAGGAACUGGAAGAGAUCAGCGAGUAACCACAAGUCCAAGAAGACUCUCGACUACUAUCGUUUUUUUUUUUUUCAAUUACGCUCACAAAAAUCACAGCUUUCCAGCUCUUACUGACAUCACUUGGAUUUUUCAUUGAUCAUUGGGGCGAUCAUUAAUUGAUUAUUCUUAACUUUUUUUUUAUUGUUACCUUAAAUGGCAAUGGUGCAUGUUUUUAUUUUUGGUACCAUGAAUAUUUAAUAAUCCCCAGAAUGAAAAUGAUCUUGACAAUGUUGUGUGGGAAAAAGUGUGACUUUAAAAUGACAAAAGUUAAGCUCACAGGCUCAAGUUAACUCUACAAGCCAGCAAAAAAUAUCAGAUAUUGAUUAUUUUGCUUGAUUGGUAAAAUAUGUGAAAUCAACAUCAAUGCAUUCACCAUUGUUUGCAGCUGUUUUGUUUGCACUUUGCAAUGUCAGCUGUUUUUUUUUUAAUUGCACAACAAUUUGCCAGUCUGAUGGAUUAAUUGAUAGCACAGUCUUAGGAAAUCUAUCACAUUUAAUUCCGGCAUCCUGCUCAUUUCAACCAAGCUUUAAAUCACUGAUUAUUGCAAAAGAAACAAUAUUAACUGCGUUUUUCGUUUUAAAUGUAUAUUUUUGUUAUUGUGUGGAACUGCUGUGCUUUACAUUGUUUUAAAUGUAAAUUUCACACUGCGUUCUCUCUGUUUUGUUCUUGUAAAGCAGCCGAGAUGUUGAAAGGACAAGCAAGACCUGCAGGGGGGGCGGGGGGGGUCCUUUGGAAGGAGGACACGGGCUGGGGUCCACUGAGCCAGGCGUGAUGUACUGUACCGCUCAUAUCUCCUUCAUUAGAUAACCGCCACUAAUGGCGUGGAAACAAUUAGCACACUCUAAUGGCGGUCUUGUACCUGUAAAUCAUUUCAUCCUGCGCUCUGGCUCAUUUUGUGCUCACGAGUGUUUCUGAACACAAACCCGCUUAGCUCGGCUUCCUGGAGUCACCUUUAUUCUGCGCCACUGUUAGUUGUGGGCUUCUGUGCCUUAUGUUUACAUUAAAGAUCCGUACAAAACA